UCAUUCUACCAACGUCGGCGACAAUGAGGCGUUGGCUCGUUUUCACUGUCGCUCUUUUGGUGAAUCUGUUACAUUUCGUGACUGCAAAGUCGGCGGCUGGGGACUCAGUACUCGUCCUACUUGAGAAGGACCUGGACAAGACACAGUAUUCCACGUUCUUUGCUGGGCUUGAAGACCGUGGAUUUAAGCUGACGUUUCGUGACCCAAAGGCAAAGGAACCGUUACUUGUCGAGGAUGACAUCCCGCAAUUUAACCAUGUCAUUUUCUUUACACCGACAACUAAAUCGUAUGCUCCCGAUAUAACCCCUCAGACCAUUGUAUCCCUCAUCUCAUCGGGUGUUAACGUCCUAUUCACUCUGUCGCCAACUCAGACACCACUCAUGGCCCUUGCAUCUGAGUUCUCGCUCAUUCCCGCACCUCCGCACACGCCUCUUAUUUCUCACUUCCCUGAACGUGAUGGUCUGCAUUCAUUGAUAACUGUACCAGUACCAAAGAAUCACCCCAUACUUUCCUCCGACAUCCCUCCUGUACUUUUUGAUGGCGCACCACAUGCACUCGGGCUCAAUCCACUUGUCGUGCCUAUUCUUCGCGCACCUCCGGAAUCUUUUGCGACGGAUACCGAUAGCGACAAUGGUGCUGAUGCUGUGGUCGACUCAGCAGAUAAAGGCGGUGAGGGUCUCUGGGCGGGUAGUCAACUCGGUCUCGUCACAGGCUUCCAGACUCGAACUGGCAAUGGCCGUGCAGUGUUUGCGGGAGGAAUCUCGCUGUUUUCGAAUACGUUUACAAAGAAGAAAGAUUACGGGAAUGCUCGUUUUGUUCAGGAUAUUGCAAAAUGGGUCUUCCAGGAGACCAAUGUCCUGCGCAUCGAUGAGGCUUUCCAUCGACAUGCUGGUGCCAACGAGACAGCAGGUUUACCUGACCAGUACACAGUAAACGAUCAAGUGCAGUAUACUGUGCGUGUUAGUAGAUGGAACCCCGACAAUGGUGAAUGGGAGCCAUACUCCGGUCUGAACGAUUUGCAACUCGAGUUUACAAUGCUAGACCCCCACAUACGCACUGCACUUCCUUCGGAGACAUGUACUGGUAGCCGAUGCCAAGGGAAGUAUACGAAAAUAUUCCGCGCCCCAGACCGUCAUGGCGUAUUCAAAUUCGUACUCGAUUAUAAGCGUCAAGGGUGGACGUUCUUACAGAGCGCACUUACUGUUCCAGUUGUACCUCCGCGCCAUGACGGAUAUCCGCGUUUCUUGAGCGCGGCAUGGCCGUACUACGCCGGUGCGAUCAGCACGAGCACGGGCUUUGUGCUGUUUACGAUAUUGUGGCUUGCUGGCGGCGGAGCAGAGAAGGAGUUGCGGAAGGGGAAGAAGACGGAGUGAUGGAGUGAUGACUAGCUGUGGACUUGGUGGACUGCAAAAAAGCUUGCACUGCAUACCAAGAUGGUGCGGUGCGUCGCAUAUCUUAUUGUCACAUGCUAUUGGUAUCUUUCUGUGUUUCUUGUAGACAAUUUCAGAGCAUUAGCCCG